AUGGAAUCCAUACCCACUUUGCGUCCCACCAUUAGGGAAUUUGCUAAUCCGAUUGAAUACCUGUCGGAGUCGAAGGUGCAGCGACUCGGUCAUAAAUAUGGUAUGGUAAAGAUAGUACCACCCGAAGGUUUCCAUCCACAUUUUUCAAUCAAUAGGGAUUCAUUUAAGUUCAAUGUGAGAGUCCAAAAUUUAGCCGAGCUUAAUAUCCUGAAUAGAAGCCGAAUGUUCUUUAUGAAGCAACUUAAUAAUUUUAACAGAGCAAAGAGAAUUAAAAAAUCAGAGAGACUUGUUAAACCAUACAUUGAAGCUACAGAAAAUCAAAAGAUUUACCUCUAUGAUCUUUUCAUCAUGGUUGUCAAGGGCUCCGGUACACUCUCAAGCGAUAGCACUCCAACUCAGGUUUCAAGAAGAAAACGUGGACGAGGUUCUCCGGAAGAGACGUCUGCUCAAGCCCAUGCUUCGUUACCUCCUUUGACGGAUAUUAUGUCAGAUGGGAAUCUCUGGAGGGCAAUUUCUCGAAAACUGCGGAUACCUGUAAAAUUAUUACAGGAUGCCUUUGAGCAGUAUAUCUCCAGCUAUUACAAUUAUCUUGCAGCGCAAACGAAAGCCCACGGAUCUAGUCAAUUUUCAAAGCUGCUCUACAACGAAGAGUACCCAAAAUCCUUGCUCAGUGACGAUGAUGUGGAGCCAUCAGGGUCAGAUGACGAUGAGAGUGAGGAUGAAGGAUGUCUUGUAUGUGAUCGUUCUAACAAACCGACCAAAAUCAUAUUAUGUGACGCAUGCGAUAAGCCGUUUCACCUUUAUUGCCUCUCUCCACCUUUGACGUCUAUACCCAAGGGAGAGUGGAUUUGCAACAAUUGCAUUGUUGGGAACGGCUAUUAUGGCUUUAAGGAGGAAAGUCAUUUUUACACUCUUUCCGAGUUUCAGAAACGCUGUAACUCUAGGGAAACAGAGCUCACUGUUGAUCCAGUUAGCGGUCGGAAGCUUUCAGUAGAAAAACUGGAACAAAAAUUCUGGAAUUAUGUCGAUGAUAUGGAAAAAUCAAUAACCGUGAAGUAUGGUGCAGAUAUUAACGGUGUUUCUCCGGGAGAGAUAUCGGGAUUCCCCAGCUCUCACUAUAUACCAGAAGAUUUGCCGAUCUCAGAGAGAGAGGAUUUUAACCAAUACACAAAGCAUCCGAUGAACCUAUUAAACCUUCCCAACGCAAAGGGUUCACUAUUACCGAUGUUUGAUAGAAGGAUUUCAGGUAUGACAGUUCCAUGGAUUUAUGUGGGUUCCACUUUUUCCACAUUUUGUUGGCAUUUGGAGGAUCAAUACACCUUAAGUGCGAAUUAUCAACAUGAAGGUGCUCCUAAGAUAUGGUAUAGUAUACCAGAGUAUGCUUGCCACCAGUUUAAUAGUCUGAUGAAAAGCCUGGCGCCCGAUCUUUUUGAUAAGCAACCGGACUUGCUACAUCAACUGGUCACAUUGGUAUCGCCCUACGAUAAGAGAUUUCAAGACGCUAAGAUUACCUGUUUCAAGGCGGUUCAAAAUCCAAACGAGUAUAUUGUAACAUUCCCCAAAUGCUAUCAUGCUGGUUUCAAUAGUGGCUAUAAUUUUAAUGAAGCAGUUAACUUCACACUGGAUUCAUGGGUACCGUACGGCAUAGAAGCAAUCGGAGACUAUCAACUUACCGGUAAGCAAUGUGUCUUCGAUAUGUUUGAGCUGAUGCUGAAUGUUGUCAUCGAGUUUCUGAAAGGUAAGUCGUCAUUUCAGGAGGAGCUUGUAAGAACAUGUUAUCUCGAACUUCUUAACGUCUUAAAUUCAAAGAAUAAAAUGAUCAAACAGCUACCUGAAGUAUCUGUAAAUCCAAGCUUUCUCAAGAGAAUUGUGAGGAAUGAUGAUUGGAAAUUAAAGGAGAAUAAUUUGCCAUCGCCAAAAGCUGAGGAAGAUCAAUCGAUGCUCUCCGAUUUACAUAACAUGCCUGACUCGGUUGACUUCGACGUCUUUUGCUCAAAAUGCCAUACAAUUUGUUUUCUAGCUUUCAUGAUACACUACAAGAGACCAAAUCCGCGCAAGAGAAGAAAGCUUCAUUCCUUUACGGUUACUCAGAUUAAUGAGCUGAAAGGUGAUAAGGACUUAGAAGUUCUGUGUCUGAAGGACUAUCUAGCCUUGGUGGAGCAAAGCUACGGCACACAUGAUAAUGACAAGUUUAAUGAUAAUGACAAUGAUGACCCUUUCAAGAACGAUGAGCUGAACUACAUUCGCGAUCCACAGGAAGUGCGCGAUAUUCUAAGCGCUGCGAGCCCAAAGAUUGAAAGGGCUAGGAUUUAA